CCGUUCCAAACUCUACACAAUCUUCCAACUCUUCAACUUCUUACAUCAAAGUAUCAAACCUAUACAUCAUCCUAGUAAUCAACAUCAUGUCUUCCCUUUAUCUCAUACUUAUGUUCUUCCUUCUUAACUCAUCCACCUCAUCCGCAACGAUCACGUACAAUAUUCUUCGUUUCGGAGCCAAAUCCGGAGGCCAGUCUGAUUCAUCCAAGGCCUUGCUUAGAGCAUGGGGAGCUGCUUGUGCAACCACUAGGCCUGCUACCAUCUACGUACCACCGGGCAGGUUCUUGCUUAAAAAUGUCUAUUUUUAUGGUGAACAUUGCAGAAAUGGUGCAAUAACUAUACGUGUAGAUGGCACGUUAGUAGCUCCGUCGGAUUACAAUGUGCUGGGAAGCUCCGGGAACUGGAUUAAGUUCGAGAGAGUUACUGGCGUUUCGAUUUAUGGGGGAACUUUGGAUGGACAAGGAACGUCUCUUUGGGCGUGCAAAACUUCUGGAAAGAAGUGUCCCGAAGGAAUAACGAGCCUGGCCUUUUACAAUUCCAACAAGAUCAUAAUCAGUGGGCUAGCGUCGUUAAACAGUCAGAUGUUCCACGUAGUGAUUGACGGUUGUCACGACGUGAAGUUGGAUGGUAUAAGAGUUUCUGCAUCAGGCAAAAGCCCCAACACAGAUGGAAUUCAUCUGCAAUCCUCGUCCGGAGUCACGGUCCUCAACUCCCAUAUUAGCACUGGGGAUGAUUGCAUCUCUAUGGGACCUGGCAACUCUAAUGUGUGGAUCGAAAACAUAGCUUGCGGCCCAGGUCACGGAAUCAGUAUUGGAAGUUUAGGAUGGGAAUUACAAGAGCCCGGGGUUCAAAAUGUGACAGUUAAGUCGGUUACAUUCACCGGGACUGAAAAUGGUGUGAGAAUAAAAACAUGGGCUAGGCCAACCAAGGGCUUCGUCAAGGACGUUUUGUUUCAGCACAUACAAAUGGUUGACGUCCAAAAUCCUGUUAUCAUCGACCAAAAUUACUGCCCUGGCGAAAAGAAUUGCCCUCAUCAGGUCUCGGACAUAAAGAUCAGCGGUGUGACGUACCAAGAUAUUCAUGGGACAUCAGCAACAGAAGUAGGAGUUAAACUAGAAUGCAGCAAGGCGUCUCCGUGUGGGGUGAAGCUGGAGGAUGUAGAGCUCACUUACAAGAGCAAACCUGUUGAAGCAGUUUGUACUAAUGUUGGAGGAAAGUUGCUUGCUUCCUCUGAUAACCAGAGAUGCUUGUAACAAGGAAGAUCAUCACACAACUAUAUAUAUUCAUCCAUAUUUUUCAUGGUGGCACUUUAGCCUGGUCUUGCGAGCUUAAAUUUGUAGAAGUGGUGUGUUAAUUAUGCGUAGAUCUAUACAUGUAUAAGAAUUGAUGGAAUUAAUUUGAAGAAUUAAUACAUCAUAUGCAAUAAAAGAAACAGAUUUUUCA